AAAAGAGUAAACAAUCAAGUACACAUGCAUCCAAGUCCAAAACAGUCUCUGCAUUUUUCUCUUCCUAUCAGCCAUUACCAAAUGUCUACAGGAUAAAGAAACCAGAACAGCCUAAAUCCAAAUGUCUGUCAGAACACACGAGAGAGAGCAAACAACACCAAAGUGAAGCAUGAAAUCUAUAACAACAAGACACCCUUGUUACAUCAACACCUUGUUGUUCUUCACAAUCCUUUCUUUCUUCACCUCAAAAUUUGCCUCAUCUUUAGACACCUUAACAGCAACAGAAUCUCUUGUUAAUGGCCAAACCCUCAUCUCCACAAGCCAGGAUUUUGAGCUUGGAUUCUUCACUCCAGGCAAUUCAAGAAACUGGUAUGUGGGGAUAUGGUACAAGAACAUACCAAGAACUUAUGUCUGGGUUGCUAACAGAGAUAACCCCCUUACAAACUCCUCUGGGACCUUCAAAAUCUUAAAUCAAAGCAUUGUUCUUUUUGAUCGGGCAGAGAAUCUCAUAUGGUCAUCCAAUCAAACCAAUGCAAGAAACCCAGUUAUGCAGUUGUUAGAUUCAGGAAAUCUAGUACUAAGAGAUCAAGAGAGUGGCAGUGGUCAGUUUUUAUGGCAAAGCUUUGACUAUCCAACUGAUACUUUAUUACCUGAUAUGAAGUUCGGUUGGGAUCUAAACACAGGUGUAAACAGGUUCUUGCGUUCCUGGAAAAGCAGUGAUGAUCCUGGUACAGGCGAUUUUUCUUUCAAGCUAGAUUAUCAUGGAUUCCCUGAAGCUUUUUUAUUGAAAGAUCAAGAAAUAAAGUAUAGAAGUGGACCAUGGAAUGGACAAAGAUUUAGUGGUGUGCCAGAAAUGGAGCCUGUUGAUUACAUGAGCUUCAAUUUUAUUACCAAUCAAGAUGAGGUAUACUAUUCCUUCCACAUAUCGAACAAGAGUUUAUAUUCAAGAUUGGGUGUCACUUCAUCUGGGCUUCUUCAAAGAUUUGCCUGGGUUCCAGAGACACAACAAUGGAGUCAGUUUUGGUACGCACCAAAAGAUCAAUGUGACGAUUAUAGAGAGUGUGGUCCAUAUGGUAUAUGUGACUCAAAUGCUUCACCAGUUUGCAAGUGUAUGAAGGGUUUUCAGCCCAAGAAUAUUCAAGCGUGGAAUUUGAGAGAUGGGUCAAGUGGGUGUGUCAGGAGGACAUAUUUGAAUUGCUUGAAAGAUAAAUUUUGGCACAUGAGGAACGUGAAAUUGCCAGAGAGCGUAACCACGUAUGUAAACAGGAAUACGAGUCUCAAGGAUUGUGAAUUGAUGUGCUCAAGGAAUUGUUCUUGUACUGCAUAUGCUAACUCAAAUAUCAGCAAUGGAGGCUCUGGCUGUGUGUUUUGGACUGGUGAACUCAUCGACAUGAGACAAUAUCCAAGUGGAGGACAAGAUCUCUAUGUAAGAUUGGCAGCUUCCGACAUAGGUGAUGGACGCAGUGCUGACACUAUCAUUAUUGGCAUUGCUGUUGGCAUUGGCAUUUUGAUAUUAGCACUGAGUGGCUUUUCCAUAUGGAAGAGGAAGAGAUUGCUGAGUGUAUGUAAUGGAAAUACACCACAGAAAGGUCCUCAAGAUAGAAGCCAAGAUUUCUUGCUAAAUGGGGUGGUUAUAAGUAAGACAGACUACACAGGUGAAAGAAGCACAGAUGAAUUAGAACUGCCAUUGUUUGAUUUUAGCACAAUAGCAACUGCUACGAACAAUUUCGCUGAUGAAAAUAAACUAGGAGAAGGUGGUUUUGGUCGUGUUUACAAGGGUAGGCUAGUAGAAGGCCAAGAAGUAGCGGUGAAGAGGCUAUCGAAGAAUUCUGUUCAGGGAACAGAAGAAUUCAAGAAUGAGGUAAGGUUAAUUGCAAGGGUUCAACACAGAAAUCUUGUUCGACUGCUUGGUUGCUGCUUUGAGAAGGAUGAGAAGAUCCUUAUUUAUGAGUUCAUGGAAAACAGAAGCCUCGAUUUUGUACUUUUCAACAAGGCAAAAAGCUCUUUACUCAAUUGGCAAAGGCGCUUCAACAUAAUUUGUGGGAUUGCUAGAGGACUUUUGUACCUGCAUCAAGAUUCCAGAUUUAGAAUUAUCCACAGGGAUCUCAAAGCAAGCAACAUUCUACUUGAUCAUGAAUGGACUCCAAAAAUAUCAGACUUUGGCAUGGCUAGAAUAUUUGCUGGAGAUCAAAUACAGGCAAACACCGUGAGAGUAGUGGGAACAUAUGGUUAUAUGUCUCCUGAAUAUGCAAUGGAUGGACGAUUCUCAGCAAAAUCUGAUGUUUUCAGUUUCGGUGUUUUGGUUUUGGAGAUAGUAUGUGGGGAAAAGAACAGGGGGUUUUAUCAUUCAUUCAGUGAACUUAACCUUCUUGGACAUGUGUGGAGGCAGUGGAAAGAUGGAAAGGGAUUGGAAGUGUUAGAUACAUCAGUUGGCAAUUCAUAUAGCCCUUGUGAAGUUUUGAGAUGCAUACAAGUAGGCCUCUUAUGUGUCCAAGAGAAAGCAGAAGAUAGACCAACAAUGUCUUCUGCAGUGUUAAUGUUGAGCAGUGAAACCGCAACAAUGCCCCAGCCUAGAACCCCUGGAUAUUGCCUUGGAAGGAGUCCUUUCGAAACCGAUUCAUCUUCAAGCAAACAAGAUGAAUCGUUCUCUGUAAACCAAGUUACAGUUACAGUGCUAGAUGCUAGGUAAAAGAAAGUGCAGACCUCUUCUAUCAUCUUUGUAUAAUCAUAGAAUUUGGUAUACCUCACUAGCUGUUGUGAUUUACAGUUUUGUGUAUCAAUGCAUCUUUUGAUAACUAGUUUGGGAUAUCCAUUUUUAAUUUA